AAAGUUAAUUAUAAAUAAAAAAUACAUAUAUUUUGCUACAUUUAAAGUAAUAGUAAGAAACAAAGAAAGUAAUAGUAAAAAAAAAUAGGUAACUAACAAACAAUCAAGCAAGCAAUAAAGAAGAGAGAAAUAAUAACUUUAGUAAGCUUGAGAGAGAAGAAUUCUCAUCAAUCAGAUAAGGGAAUGGUCAAUAUCAUCAAAUUAUAAUUAGAAUAUGAAUCAGAUAGACUUUAUAAAGACAUUGAGGAUUUUGCUCUUGAUUUUUGCAACAGUAUAAACAUGAAAAUUAAUACAGAGUUAUAUUACAAAAAUAAUAGAAACAUAUAUUUGAUUUAGUUGCAUUAUGAUAUGAUUUCAAGUUUGAUAAAUGAAUAAGCAUGUUAAAAAGCGUAUAAAUUUGAAGAUGAGCAUGAACUAGAUAUUUUAAAUGAAUAUGCUUAGGCUUUCGCUUUACUAUUUAAGGAUUAAAUUCAGGCAGAUUAAGAAAAUAUAUUUUCUCAAUUUCUAAAUGAACUUUAAAACAACGAAUACAUUUGGCUUUUUCAGAUAUAUCACUUAAUUCCUUUCGAGUAAAUCUAAGAAAAUAAAUACUUUGAAAUUUUCAAUCGAAAAAUAAAAGAUUAUGUCACAAUGUAAAAUUUUAUAUUGGGAAAACUUGUUGAUUAAGAAAGAAAUGGAUAACCUAUGAGAAGUAGAUCUGACGAUGAUAUGGGGAAUUUAUCUAAAAUAAUAGAUGUCAGUUUUUUUGAAAGAAUUAGUUAAGAACAGUAAGAGUAAAUAUAAUAACUAAUGAGAAAAGAAGAGGAAUUACAUAACGAAAUAAGUAAGCUUAAAUAACAGAUAGAUUCUCAAAAUAAUUAAAUGAAAGAUUAAGAAAAAUAUAUCUCCAUUUUAGAGAAAUAAAACUCAGAUCUAUAAGAUGAAAAUCAUUUAAAAUCAGAUGAAAUGAAUAGAUAGAGCUUACAUUUAAAAGAUUUUCAAAAUUUAAAAGAAGAAACAGAAAAAUAGUCUGAAGCUUUAUAGUAAUCCAAUAAGAAAAUAAAAAUGAUGGAGGAAUAGAUUAGAUAAAGUUAAGAAGAAUUAUAAACUGAGAAAAGGAGAGCAGAUAACUUGCAUAGUAAGUUAAAAGAUUUAGACUAAAUAAAAUAGUACUAAAGUUAGAUUACUGAGUUAAAAACAGUGAACCAAAACAUUUAGCAAAAAGUAGAGAGUUAUUAAAAAAUAAUUGAACAGUAAAAACAUAAGUUAGAAAAAGAAGUAAAAGAAAAACAAUAAAUAAUAGACUAGAUUAAAACAUAAAAAACUCAAAUGUAAAUAGAGAUAGAAGAGAAGUAAUCAAUGAUUUAAAGGUACUUGGACACAAUUGAGUAAAAUGAAAAUGAAAAAAUAAAGUUAAGCUAAAAAAUAAAUGAGUAUGAGUAUACUUAUUUAGAUUAGAAGAAAGAAAUUGAGUCGCUAAAAUGCUAAAUUAUUCACAAUUCUGAUAAAUAAAAUUACAUGCCAUUAGAAAAUUCACCUACUAAAUUAGACUUGGAAAUAUUAGGUGUCUAAAGCAGAAAAAGCAGUUUAAACUAUACAGGAUAAAAUAUAAAUAAUUAAGGAUAGAAUUUAUCGAGAUUCAAUAAUAGUAAUUUUAAGCUAAGCAAUAAAUUAUAAGAUAUUGAAGGUAAUUUUGAAAGUCCCUUAUCAAGUUAAAGAUCAAAUAUGGGAUCUAGUAGGUAAACUGAUAAUUUGAGUUUGAAUCAAUAGUUAGAAUUAAUAAAAGAAAAAGAAGAUACAAUAAAUAUUUACAAAAAUAAGCUUAGAGAACAAAGUGAUACAAUUUCAAAUUAACUUAUUGAAAUUCAAAAGCUUACUUCCAAAUUAAAAGAAGCUGAGUUACAAUCCAACCAAAAUAUACCAACAAAUCUAAUUGAUAUCUCCCGUGAGUAUAGAAGGCUAAUGUCCUAACUUAGAUAGCAGGAAUAAGAAUUAGAUUAAUUAAAUGAGGAACUUUCUAAUGAGCAGAAGGAUCGAGAAGAAGAAUAGUAUGAAUUUGAUAAAAAAAUAAUGGCCUAGCAAUAAUUGCAUAAAAUAGAAAUUCUUUAAAAAGAUGAAGAAAUAAAAUUACUUACUAGUGCUAUUUAUGAGCUAAGAAUGGAACAUAUAUAAAGAUAAAACAAUUAAAGACUAAAGACAUUUCUUAAGAAAUUAUAAAUAGAUCAAAUAUAGGAUACUUUUUCUACAGAAAUUUCAACCUAAUCAUCAUCACACUGA